UGCAGAUUCAUAAAAAUGUGCGCGAAACAAUGAGAGAUUUUCUAACAAAGAGGCUCAAUUCAUCAGCAGAAAAACGCGCAGAAGAAGACUUGGUUGAUCAUCUACUCAGGGACAUGGAUUCUCAGAAAUUCUUAACAGAGGAUUACAUAGUACAGAUGAUGUUUGGUUUGUUAUUUGUUACCUCUGAUUCCAUUUCAACUACAUUGGCUUUGUGUUUCAAGUUGCUUGCUGAACAUACUGAUGUCUUGGAGGAAUUAAUAGCUGAGCAUGACUCAAUUUUGAAGAAUAAAGAGAAUUUGGAUGCUCCUCUCACUUGGAAUGACUAUAAAUCCAUGACCUUUACACUUCAGGUAAUUAAUGAAGUCCUGAGGCUAGGAAAUAUUGCACCUGGAUUAUUCCGUCGAGCCCUUAAGGAUAUUCCAGUUAAUGGAUAUACAAUACCAGCAGGUUGGGUAAUUAUGAUUGCAACUGCUGCUCUUCAUUUGAAUUCAGACCAAUUUGAAGAUCCACUUUCAUUCAAUCCAUGGCGUUGGAAGGAAAUCCAGCCAAGUUGUGCAGCGAAGAAUUUCAUGCCAUUUGGAUCUGGAAUGAAGCAAUGUGCUGGUGCAGAAUACAGCAGGGUCUUUCUAGCCACCUUCCUACAUGUCUUGGUCACUAAAUAUAGAUGGACAAUGGUAAAAGGAGGCAAAAUUAUUCGAGCACCAAUUAUAAGGUUCCCGGAUGGAUUUCACUUCAAGAUUUCUCACAAGAACCAAUAAAAAAAAGAUAUCAUUAACAUAUAUUAUGUCGUAUUUAAUUCUUGUCAAAUAAUGCUUAUCAUUCAGUUUACUGCAAAUCCCAUUUGUGAUUCUCUUUUUUGUUUGUUUUAAUCUUAAUUAAGUAAGUUAUGCGAAUAAAAUAUUU